CCCGGCAUCCGGUCAGCUAAAAUCAGCCGUCGGAAGAUUUCAACAUUCCCAAAAUACCCUCCUCGUUUCAUCUAAUUUCCAAUCCAUACCCCUUACUGAAACUGAAAUAAGCAAACGAAAAAAAGAGAACAAAUCUCGAGCUUUCUUUGGGUCUUAUUUUAGCUUUGGAGCCGUGAAAAGGGACAAUGGUAGAGACGGUGGCGAGUGAAAGCGACGAAGAGCUGGCGCUGUUGCCACAUCAGAGCAAUGGUGACCGCUCAUGGCGGUUGAACUUCGAUGGUUUCCAGUUAUCUUCUGAACACAAAGACAAAAAGCCUCCUCGUAGCCUCCAUGAUUGCCUUGGGGUCUUGGGUCCAGAAGACAACGUGGCUGAAUACUAUCAGCAACAGGUAGAAAUGCUUGAGGGUUUCAACGAAAUGGAUGCCUUAGCUGAGCGUGGUUUUAUUCCUGAAAUGACAAAGGAAGAGAGGGAAAAUUUGGCUAGAAGCGAGACAUUAGCCAUUAGAAUUUCCAAUAUCGCAAACAUGGUUCUUUUUGCUGCUAAAGUUUAUGCUUCUGUCAGAAGUGGGUCAUUAGCUAUAAUUGCCUCCACAUUGGACUCUCUUCUUGAUCUUCUGUCUGGAUUUAUUCUCUGGUUUACUGCAUUCUCCAUGUCAACACCAAACCCGUAUCAGUAUCCGAUUGGAAAGAAAAGAAUGCAGCCACUGGGUAUCCUUGUUUUUGCCUCUGUCAUGGCAACUCUUGGACUACAGAUAAUCUUGGAGUCCGUACGAACCAUGGUUUCAAAUGAGAAUGAAUUCAACUUGACGAAAGAACAAGAGAGGUGGGUGGUUGGGAUUAUGCUUGGAGUGACCCUGGUAAAGCUUCUCCUCGUGUUUUAUUGCCGCACCUUUACGAAUGAAAUUGUCAAAGCUUAUGCCCAGGAUCAUUUCUUUGAUGUUAUUACAAACAUCAUCGGCCUAGUUGCUGUGCUACUCGCUAAUUACAUUGACGAUUGGAUGGACCCUGUCGGAGCAAUCAUCCUGGCUCUGUACACUAUCCGGACAUGGUCGAUGACAGUAUUAGAGAACGUGAAUUCAUUGGUGGGAAGAUCAGCAGCACCGGAGUAUCUUCAGAAACUGACAUAUCUAUGUUGGAACCACCACAAGGCCAUAAGACAUAUCGAUACCGUGCGAGCGUACACCUUCGGGUCACACUACUUUGUGGAGGUUGACAUUGUUCUCCCGGCAAACAUGGAAUUGCAAGAAGCACAUGACAUUGGAGAAUCACUGCAAGAGAAGCUGGAGUUACUGCACGAGAUAGAGCGUGCGUUUGUUCAUCUGGAUUAUGAAUUCAGUCACAAACCUGAGCAUGCACAGGGCACAUGCCUUGUAGACACAUAACCCUAGGAUGAUGUCGUCGUGUUAUGUUUCCUGUUUGUUUGGUUUUUUUAUUUCUUCUUCUCUCAUCCUUGCCAACAAAUAAUAUAUGUUGUAUAUGCUUGGAGAACUGAGCUAUAUGGAAGCAACUUUAACUU